AUAUUCCAGUGCAUCAGGACGUACCGCUGAGGAAUGAACAGACGCUAUGAAGAAAUCCGAGUAUCAUUUGUAAACGACCACGCUGUUUACGAUGAAAAACGGUUUUGAUUGAAGUUUCACGAAUGUCGGAUGUUGUAAGCCUACAUACGUACCUAUCACAGGCUUGAGUAGCAGUAUACGUCUAGAUGGAUCAUAUGUUUGUAAGUUCUUUCUAAUGUUUAUUUAAUGCGCCAGAUUCACUUCUGUGGUUUGUUGCUAUUCGAACUGACAACUUGCAGUUUGAGAUGUUUAUAUUUGUGCUAGGCAGUGACGCCAGGCUGUGGAUUCACUAACUCUGAAACUUGAUCAAUACUCCUAACUUGUGUUGCUCUGUGGCCUGUGCCUUGGACGGCACGUUUUUUUUUCUCACCAGACUGAAUUUAUUUCUUUCUCACCACAGACUGAAUAUGACUCAGUCGAGUACCAUUGUAACCUGUUUACUUUUGUUUUCCGUCGUACGACCGUCGUGCUCUUUCUGGCCACUUGGAAGAGCAGCCGACAGCCAGGGUGACGUAUUGCUGCGUCACGUUCGUGACGUGGACACGCCCCUUUCCGCGACAGAGGAACUCGUGCGGAAAAACGAAGACACUGUUAUCAAUACCAUUUUACGAGUAGUGGAUCACAAGUUCGAUACGCUGAGUGCUCGGAUUACAGCGUUAGAAAGAGCAGUGAAUGGCUUACAAUACUAUAGCGUGAGACAGUUCCGGCUACUCUACACGAACACAAAGAGUAUCAACAGUCAAAUCCAGGACAUCAGCACGAGAGUGUCCGGACUGGAGAUCGAAAUUAGCCGUGCUGACUUGUCCGGUGUCCGAGACAAGGUCACCAGUAUUGACCACGAUGUCAAGAUGCUUUUCCGACAGAACAACGACAUGUUCGAAGGAAUGGAACAAACGCUCGUGGUUGUCAAUGACAACGUGAACAAAGGUGCCCUGGAAGUCAAGGGUUUACUGGAGAAAUUUAAUACUGCAAUGUCAGAAAGGUCAGAGGUAAAUUCAACAUUACAGCAAUCCGAUGAUACGGGAAAAACGGGUGAUACUGAAAUAAAGAACGACAGAGUACGGAAAAGUGAAGAAAUGGAGCAAGAGAGUGUAAUACCGGACGUGAUAGAAUCCUCACCGCAACAGGUGGAUAUCGAUACCUUCACGGUCUCCAAAUAUUUCAACAAAUUGGAAAACUUAAUUGAAACCUAUUUCAACGCUUCGGCAUUAAGAGACGAGGAAUACUUCAGAACAACAACAACAACACCUGCACCAACGCCUUCCCCCGCACCAACGAUUCCAGUCGGUGUGGUUUUUGAGGUGGCACAGGAAGGUGCCAGGAACUUGACGAGAAUGAUGAAUGCAUUAGACGGGAAAAUGGGUGACUCAGUGAAAUUCCAGCGACACGCCGAACACAUGUUAGAACGGCUGAUCACGAACGGUGAGACUCUAGCCGAGCAAACCAUUGCCCUCUCUGACAAUGUAGCCCAACUGCAAGGGAAGAUUGACGAGUUAGAAGAACAGUCGUCCAAAUCCCGCGUUAAGGUGGAGGAGUUGCAGUCGCACAGUUUACUGGAGGCGAAGAAAUUAGCGGAGAAGUAUGUCAAAUCGGGCCAGCUACAAGAAGAGUGUAAAAUUCCGGCGACUUUGCGGAGUCAGAUUGUGGCCAUCGUGGCCAAAAACGCGUCGCACGUAUUCGACCAGCUGACGGAGUUGGCACAGCUUAGUACAACGUCAUUACCCAAAACGGUGUUGGAUCUGCACGAGGUCAUUAACAAGCUGCAGGAGGCGACCAACAAGUACAACGCGCUAAUCGCCGCAGAGAAGGCCGACGACGACCGCAAGAGAGCGUUGGAUGAAGCGGAAACGCGUCGACAAAUCGAAGAAACUCUGAACCACACGAAGGCCAGUUUUAACAUCAUGGAGGCAGUUUCGUCGAACACGGGCUGGCUUCCACUUUUGCUCGACACCAUUGAUGUCAUCGGCAUAACAGCCAAUCAGACGCUGGCUGUGGCGAAUACCGUGUUUGAGAAAGUUGAGCAGCCGGUGAAGAUUUAUGUGCAGUCGAAGACUUCAGUGUCGAAGAGCGGUUACAAGUCGGUGACUUCGCGAUCUAGCGGGUCAAAUGUCGCAGAGGUCAGGAUUAAUGAUGACAAACUGGAAGAAGUGUACACCUCCAUGAACAAGUUUUACCGACUUCUACCGACCAUUACAAACAUGCUCAGCAAGUCGGGUAUAGUCCUAAACCUAGUCAACGGCUCGGGCAUCACAGAGGGCCGACUGGAAAUGUACCACAACGGUCAAUGGGGCACGGUGUGCUCCCGUGAUAUGCACGACUCAGAUGCUGCUGCCAUCUGUGGGCUUCUCGGUCAUGGAGGUGGUCAUCUGGCUCCGCCUCGACAUUUUGGGGCGGGCCAAGGACCUAUUUGGAAGCUGAACAUGGGCUGUAUAGACAGGAGACAAAGGCUGAGGUCGGACUGUGUGAAAAACGCCCUGGAAACUCGGUCGUGUUCUCAUGACCAGGAUCUGGGAAUAGUCUGCGAUCACAUGGUCCGACUGCUGAACCAGGUGACGAACAUGCGCAGAGGUGCCGUGCAAGUGUUCUCAAAGGGCACGUGGGGUGGGAUUUGCUUCGAUGGCUGGGGCGAUCGUGACGCAACAGUCGCGUGCAGACAACUCGGAUACCCCCGCGGCCAAUCAGUGAACGCUGGACAAGUGAUUCCGGGCACGCCAGUUUGGCUGAAGAACGUAAGGUGUAGUGGAAAAGAGAGCAGGCUGGACACGUGUUCCCAUACAGGAUGGGAAUGGGCAGACCUGUUAUAGUAACAGGCUAGCUGGAAUUCAGUGUGGCUCGUAAAUAAAAUUCAAACUGAGAUAAACUUGAAAAUCGAUGAACUAGAUCAUUGCAUUUUUGUUAGCGUGAUGUAUUUAGGGACAUAAUUAAGAAUCAGUUCAACAUGUAUUGAUCGGGUACACCGGUUAGUUUAGGUGCACAUGGGGGUAGGGAUUUCCCAGUUGGUUUAGGUGCACAUGCUGGUGAGGGUUUCCAGUUAGUUUAGGUGCACAUUUUGGUGGUGUUUUUUCCGGUUGGUUUAGGUGCUUAUGCUGGUGGUGUUUUUCCGGUUGGUUUAGGUGCACAUGAUGGUGGGGUCUCAGCAGGUCUAAAUCCACCUAAGCGUUCAGGGGACAAAACCAGAUUCUCAUGAAGAUGAAUGGAAAUGAUGCUGGUAUCAUCUCGCUGUAGACCAGUUCGGUGAAACAUUGGAAUGUUAUUGGAACAAAGUACCCUCUUUGUAGUAAAAUUGUGAAAACGUGCAGAUCCACCCUCCCUCGAGAUAUUACUAGGCAAGAAUAGCGUGAACUGGUACGUUGUCACCAUGUUGAUACCA